AGCAAUGCAGUGUGUAUCGAAGAUGCUGUCCUCCUGGGCGAGCCGAAACCCCAAAAGCGAGGAGGCAGAGACUGGGGUGCAUCGCCGCGUCAGGUCAGGCAGAUCACAGCCAUCGGCCCAGCGCUGGCGCCACCAUGAGGGGCGUGGGAAUGCAUUACUUAUAUACAAGCCCUAACCGGCGUUGCCCCACCCUCGGUUUUACCACAUCCACUCACAUUCUCAUCCACAACCAUGUCUAACAAGGAUUACUAUGGCGGCGGCCAACAGCAGCAACAAUAUUAUCCGCCUCAGGGACCUCCGCCUGGUCAGGGGGGAUACUACCCGCAGCAGCCCCAGCAGUCGUAUCAAGGCGGCUACCCCCAACAGGGUCCCCCACAAGGAUACGGUGGCCAAGGGUAUCAGCCUCAGCCUCCUCCUCAGACCGUCUAUGUGUGAGUCCCUUACGAUUUUGACCAUAAUUGCCUGCUCGGCUCUUGUUCGGCGUUCAUACUCGGUUGCUCACAAUUGUGUCCAGCCAACAGCCCCAGAAGAGCGGUGGCGGCGGAGGUGGAACUGGAUGCCUAGCCUGCUUGGCUGGAGCGUGUUUGUGUUGCUGCGCUGAAGAGGCCCUUUGCGACUGUCUCCUGUGAUGAAGCGUGCGGCAAACCGGCAUGACCGGACGAUGACCACGCUGCAGCGUUUAGCACGCUUAGGCGACUCGUGUUGAUGGACGUUCUUCUUUUCCCUGCGAUGCCACCCGUGAUGAUGACUCGAAAGUACCUUUAACCUCGCCUAGUGCACACGAAUCCGACUAUUUUUUAUACUUCCUAUCCUCGAUCUUUCCCUUUCAGUUAUGACCAUGAGUUGCGCGCUCGGAUAUCUCGAGUCGGUACAUAUGUUGGAGUUGGGCCAGCGGCACACAGCAUGUGUUUAUUACUAGGAACGCUAUGUAUCUCAUAUUACACUUGCGCAAACAGACUUUUU